UAUGUUAUUAUCAUCUUUCUGUGUUUUCAGCUCUACAGAGAUUGAUGAUGUCAUCCGUAAGUCGACCAACCUGCUGUUAACCAGAACGCUCAGUAACUGUCUACAGUACGCAAUGAAGAAGAAGAACGUAGGACUGGCUGAGCUGGUUCAGGUGAUCAUCAACACGACCCAGCUGGAAGCAUCAUGUGUUUACCUGGAGGAGUUCAUCUCCAACAUCACCAAUGUUCCCCCCGAUACCGCCAACGCUACCAAGCUCUACGGGACGUCCACGUUUAAGGAUGCGAGACAUGCAGCAGAAGAGGAGAUCUACACCAAUCUGAAUGCUAAGAUCGACCAGUUCCUUCAGCUGGCAGACUACGAUUGGACAGCAGCCCAGGGGGGCGGGGCUCCGAGCGACUACCUGAGUGACCUCAUCGCCUUCCUCUGUUCCACUUUCUCUGUCUUCACACACCUGCCGGGUAGUGCCAUAGAACACGCUAGACUGCCGGGUAAGGUAGCCCAGACAGCCUGUAUGUCAGCCUGUAAGCACCUCUCUACCUCUCUGCUCCAGCUGCUGCUGGAGACAGACGUCAGACAGGUGUCUAUGGGAGCUCUGCAGCAGUUCAACACAGACGUCAAGGAGUGUGAGAGGUUUGCCAGAGCGGGGCCGGUACCCGGCUUCCAAGGAGACACGCUGCUGCUCGCCUUCUCUGAUUUGAGACAAUUAUUAGAUCUGUUCACCCAGUGGGACUGGUCCAGCUAUCUAGCUGACUAUGGAAGACCCACCUGCAAAUACCUGAGAGUCAACCCUCACACAGCCCUAACACUUCUGGAAAAGAUGAAAGACACCAGUCGUAAGAACAACAUGUUUGCUCAGUUCAGGAAGAACGAGAGAGACAAACAGAAACUCAUCGACACCGUGGUCAAACAGCUACGCAACCUCAUCUCUGCCCACCAGACCUGAAUGGAGCAACGCUAUUGGUCAACGAACAUCACCAGACCUGAAUGGAGUGAUCCUAUUAGCCAAGGAAACUCCACCUUGCAAUCCUAUUGAUUACUGCAACCUCAAUAUCUGCCCACUAGACCUGAAUAGAGCAAUCUCAUUAGCCAAGGAAUCUUAUCUCCGCCCACCAGACCUGAACCCAUUACAUCCUAUUGGCCAACGAGCUUCAACCUCGCAAUCCUGUUGGCUAAGGAACAUCAGUCUCCGCCCACCAGACCUGAACUCAACCAUCCUAUUGGUUGAGGAAACUCUAGCCUGUGUCUCUACCAUGUCUUCCAGUAUUGUUUUUGCGGGUGGAUUUCAUUUUGGAGUGGUUUAGUAUUUUAGGGGUUUAUUUGACAUGAAAAAUGUUAUAUCUUGUCUCUUAAGUGUUUACGAACACCGUUUUGGGGUCGUACGGGGUCAAAAAGAUUCAAGCCACAUGAUCGUAUUUGAUGGGUGUGACGACCUAGGUCAGUUAGUGUGUUGAUGCUACAGGAACACGACUUACCGCGAGGUGAUAAUAACUGUUGUUUUCAGACGUCCAAACAUACUUCUUUCUGCAGCCAAGGAGAACGGGGAUGAACCCUGACCUUAAAAAAACAACAAAAACUAUUUAAAAGCAGGAUGGAGGGAAGGAGGGA